CGAGAAAGAGACGCAAGAGAGAAAUGGAAAAAUCGCGGCGGACAUUUUGAAGGCAAAAGUAAAUUUGAAGGAAAUUUUGCUGCGUUCAAUGCACAGUGAAUAUAAGCCAAAACUGGAAUAACUAAUCGUAAAUCGAUGCCGGAAAGUGCAGAGUACGAAUGGUGCAUGUUAUUUCGGCUGCAGGUGUUGUAAUUAGGAUGAAAUCUUGAACGUAAAAAAACCAUUGGAGGCUGCCCGUCGCGGAUCCAGUCGACGACGCAGAGGUUUUUUUUCGGAUCGUCUCUACUCGCGCCCUGUUCCACUGUAUGUGUAUAGUGAGUGUUACAAGGUAUUCUUCUACCAGCGCAAUCAAUCAAAUAGUGAAGAAGAAAAGACUUGAGGACAAGCCAGCAUAAAAGGGUACCGAGUCUGAAUUGAACGUGUUCCAGCAGGGCGGACCUCCGACCGGAAGGAACUUGCAGUGAGCAGUGGUGUUGUGUCUAUUGUUUUGCACAACAGGCAGUGUCCGCAAAGGAUUCGUUCUUGAUGGGUGAUUACUUGCCCAUAUGAGACCCUUGGUACUGUAUCGGACCAGCGUAGACACCGCACGGAUGAACUGUCGCCGCCGACAGCGCGUCACCUAAGGAAGGACAGCCCGUCUUCGACACAUCACUCGUGAGUUCGUUUCAAUCUAAUACUUAGCAACCAACAUGGAUCCAGUAGGGCCAUGGUCCUACACGUAUAACCGCCAGCCGGGCACGGCAAGUGGUGAGUUCCACCACCAUCUGGCUACAGCGGCCGCGGCCGGUGGUAUUGGGCUUGCAGCUCACAACACAACCGUAGGAGUGCCAUCAACUACGUCCCAACUGCUACUGCAGGCAGCUCAUACGACGUCUCUCGGGACCUCGUCGGGACCGUUUAAUCCGCCUGGGUUUCUGUCUCCUCCGGGAGUCAGCUACGAUGCAGUGUUUACGCCGUUGUUUCACCCUGCUGCGAACCCAAAGCCAGCCCAUUACAGCUCCACCAUCAACCAGCACCGAGUGUUGGCCCAAGCUCAAGCCCAAGCGGCUGUGAAGCAGGCCAGUGAAUCUGAAGUUCUGCGAGACAAUUACGCUACACACACGUUGGCGGCUCAAGCUGCCAAUUUCUUUGAACAGCAACAACAACAACAGCAGCAACAACAACAGCAACAGCAGCAAGCUUCAAACACCAGCGCAGCAAGUAGUGGCAACUCCUCGACGAGCGGAUCAUGGCAAGGAAACAACCAAUUGCCAAGCCCGUUCGGGAUUAUGCCCCACGAAAAUGUCGUACAGUCGAGCCCUGUAACUUCGGCAUCGUCGAAAACCACCACUUCUACCUAUGAGAAUUUCAACGCACAUUUCACCAAUCUGAACCAACAACUCAACUCGCAGCUGGCCAGUAAGGCAUCAGCUCGUUCUGCAUCACCAGCGGUGAACACGGGAAGCACCAACACUGGCUCAUCCAAGGCCACCACCAACUACUUUGCUUCGUCAAACUCCAGCAGCAACCCGCAGCAGUACGGAGGUGUAAAUGAAUCUCUAUCCAACUAUUCCAACCAACAGCAGCAACAGACCAGCAAACAACAGCUGGAUUACGGUAGUGCUAGUAAGUCAUUGUCGUCCACUUCCGGUACAGGAGGCUCUAGUUCGUCUUCGCUCCAGCAGACCUCUUCAUCAUCUUGCAUUGUUGCUACCCCGGUGUCUGGUUCAAUCAGUUCCUCCCCUUCUUCCCAACCAUCACCCUCUUCCUCUGUAACGGCUAGUGCGAAAGAUUACAAGUAUCAAUCGCGCAUUAUACCAUCCCAAACGCCCCUUGUAAACUCUUCAAUAGUGUAUGCGUCUCGCAACCACAAUACUGUGGCCGACCCAAAGACCCGGCUAUUGUCACCCGGUCUGCAGGUUCAGCAUCAAAACCAACAGGUGCAACAUCUCCUGUCCCAGCAUCAGCAACACCAGCAUCAACAGCAAAACCAUCUGCUGCAGAUGAACAGUUUCAUCGUACCUCCGUCUACGGCGUCACCCCCGAUUGGGCUAAACAGUAGUAAAAUUGUACAUAAAACCUCGUCCCAAUCAAAAGCGAUAGGAGGGGGAGGUGGAGGCGGAGGUAACACCCCGACGGCCAUCAUCAAAUCCGAUGGUCAGCACAUAGUGAUCAGUCAUCAACCCCAGUCAUCGCCGAUCAGUUAUUCAAUCACUGACAACGGAGGACGGACGAGUAACUCGUCCAAUUCUUCGUCCUCAUCUUCAGCUACAGUUACAAAGCUGAAUAGUCCGAUUAAUCGUGUCAAUAAUGGUAGUAGUAGUAACAUUUCUAGGAGUAACAGUAACAGUAGUAGUAAUCAACAACAACAACAACAACAACAGCAGCAGCAACAACAACAACAGCAGCAGCAGCAGCAGCAAUAUCAACAAAACAGUGCCUCUAGUAGCUAUAGAUCUAGUUAUAAUCAGUUGAAUGUAUCUGGUAGCAGCACUGACACCGUCGAGUACGGUCGAGUAAAGCGCGAGUCCCAACCGCACCAACAAACGGCGCAACCACAAUCCCAACAGUAUUCAAACGGUCCGAUUGCAUCGUUACCUCGCCAUCAUAUGCCACCUUCAUCGCCGGCCGCUUCCGAUUAUAGUAAUUCUUCGGUUCCGUUAUCCUCCCGACGCGCAUCCUCUCCGGCUCAUUCUCACUCUCAAAUGUCCCCCAUUGGCCAUGUGUUGAGUCCGGCCUAUCCCAUGUAUAACAGUCCCAUGGGUAGUAGCACUCUUUCGUCCCCACAGCACCACUCUUCCCAACAACAACAGCAGCAGCAGCAACAACAAUCGACGACGUCGUCACGGUCACCGUCGACAACUUUGUCACGGCAACCUUCUCAAACGCAACAGCAACAGCAGGUUGCCUAUCCAUCGGUCAUAACCCGUGCCCAGCAACCGGCCCCGCAACAGCAACAGCAUCAGCCUCACAUACCCCCAAUACAAGUGCCCACGCUCAGUCACUGGGAUGGUAGGAGUACAAACGAACGGUCACAGCCACAAGAACGUAGCAGUGAUCCGAUGACAAUAGUGAAAAACUUACAACAACCGAGUAUCAUCUCGCCGCCACCCCCGGAACGCACCGUUCCGGUAACUCCCGAAAAGACUGAAUCCAAAUCGAGGCGAAAAAAGUCGGACACACCAACCCGUAUCGUUCCGGCAGCCAGUGUGGCCAACGGGGAGUUUAGUGCAAAUUCUUCGACCAUGACAUCGUCGUCAACGAGCGCCAGCAGCACGGGCUCGAGUACGGCGACAAAAGAGCAACCGCAAAGCAGCGGCGGAAAUACGCUGGAUUUCGACCGAUGGAACUUGGCUCCUCCACCUGCUGGUACAACAAAAAUGUUUGGCAACAGUAACUUUAUGGCCCAAACCCCUUCCACUUCCUUCAUCCCACCACCGCAUCCCAUUUAUUAUCCCACCUUCCAUGGUCCCAUCCCACUGAUACCUAACGAGAUUAUGAACACCACCCUGGCGGCGGCUGCCAGUGGUAAUUUUGAGGUUCCAACCUACACCACUCUGCUAAGUGCAAGCGAUAACGCCAACGUGGCCACCGCCGGUAGUGAAGCUGGUCGCAGCGAAGACGAACGGCCUUCCGGUAGUGCCGAGACGAACAGUAAUAAGGUUGUAGUCCCGAAUAUAGAGGAAGAACUUGGAUUUCUUGCAGAAAACUCGAAGCAACAGCCGCAAUCGCAACCCCAGCAACAGCAAGGUGCUUCCACGGAUGGUGCUGGUAGUGGAAACAACGGAGUUUCCGCAACGCCGCCGGCUAAAAAGUUUAAUGUUCCGGCAAAGGACAGCAAAGGCUUCAUGGGCAGCUAUCUCAAGUUUUUGCAGGGCGAACGAGACACUUCGCCACCCCCGGCCACCAGAAGUAACCGCAAAACCACCUGGACAAGGCCAGCCGGUAAUGCCUCGAACGCGGCAAAGAAUACCGCUUCCGGCGCAGCUGCCAAUAAGCAACAAACAGCGGCCGCAGCUGCUGCUGCUGCCAAUCAGCAAACGCAGGCACAACAGCAGCAAACAACCGCGCCGACGCCCCAAGCCCAGGCCGCCCAAGCAAUGACCCAUGAUGUUAGUAACGGUAUGUUACACGCAGAACAAUACAUGUCUAAUUUCCAUAUUCCAACUCAGCAGCAAAAGCAACAGGAUCAACUACAGCAAUCACAACAACAACAACAACACCAGCUUCAGCAACAACCCGAUCCCCGAUACUCGUCCUACGCCGCCGCGGUCACAAAGGAUAACCGAAAGCGCAAAUACGACGUUGGUGAAGUCGGCCAAACAGGAAACGAUCCGCUGAAUGUUCCCCAGCGACGCCAGACGUCAAACAGGAAGGCCAAGUCCAAAGCUUCCAACAUUCAGCAGUUGAUGGAUCGGGGCCAAAUGGAUGAACCGGCCGAUUUCGGAUCCGAUUCCGAUGCUGAUCCCGUCUGGACACCACAGGAAAAAGAGGAUGACGACGAUGAGCAAGAUAUGAUGGGAGACUCAAAAUCAAAAAAGCCCAAAAAUAUUAUUGGAAGUCCACGUGGCAAGCAGCAACGUCCACGCUCGAAUAUCCUGUCAGUGGCCGCUGCCGGGGCUGGCAUUGCAGAAUUCGACUACGGAACCGACGACAAUGUGGCGGCGACCGCCACCACUGCCACUUCCAACGUCGCAGCCCAGAAUCUUACAAAUCCCCAACAAAUCCAGCAACAGCAGCAGCAGCAGCAGCAAGUUAUGCAUCAGCAACAACAGCAGGUGUACCAACAGCAGCAGCAACAACAGCAAUUGUACCAGCACACCGCCGCCAUCGCCAGUAAUCAGAUUAUGCAGAACCAGUACCAGGACAUGCAACAGCAGCAGCAGCAGUACAGCGCGGGAAACAUUGUGCAGCAACAACAGCAGCAGCAACCUUCGCAGCAACAAUCCCAGCAGCAAACAACUUCCAACAGUGAUGAUUUCCAGACUGGCGAUUUUGUUGUGAUACGUUCGGAGCUGGUCCAGGAUUACCCUUCGAUUUGGCGCGUGGACGGUAAAACGCUGCUGCAAAAGUACGAGCCAUUUGAUCAGAACGGAAAAACGCUGCACCGAAAUGUGUCCACGUACGCGGCCUGGAACACCGAGAGCAAGAAGCUGUACGUGAAAAUUCCGGUUCGCUUCCGCGUGCACAACCACAUGGAGUCGGUGGUCGAAUUUAUGCGCAAUGAGAUGUCGAUCGACGAUACCGAGCAGUUCCUGGAAAAGUCCAUGAACGAAACGAAGAUUUAUCAGGACGUGUUCGAGGUUUACAUCCAAACGCUGAUCUCGCAGGCUCUCGAUUCCAACUUCCUGAAGGAAAUCUUCCAAGAGCAGGACGACUACUUCCUGUCCCGCGUGCAAACCAUCGACAGCCUCACCGACGACCGCAAGCGGCGAUUGAUCCAGAUAACGCCGUGGUCCCGGAACAUGAUUACGUCGAUAGCGACCUUCCCCGCGUACGACAUCAUGACCGAGCUGGGCCACACGAACAUGAACCAUCCGGUUUGCGUGGCGUGCCACCAGCCGGGAAUAUCGGUACGGAUCGUGCUGCAGGGUCAAACGUACAACACGGCCACGCUGGCGCCGUGCCAGGUGCAGGACGCGCGCAUCCAGUACGAGAAGAACUUUUUGCUUUGCCGCAUCUGUUCGUCGCGGUUCGAGCUGCUGCACAAGAUUUGCCACCAGAAGUACAUGAUGUUUGUUGAGUGCGCCAAGCGCGUCAAUCAGCAGAUUUCGAACGACUCGUCCAAAGCGGCGACCAUCAUCCUGAACGAGCUGUUGGCCGAUGAACACUGGCUGACCAUGCUCUUCAAGGAAGUCCGCGGAAUAUGGGCGGAGAUCGAAAACAUGGAAAGGCAGUACCGUUUCCAGGUGGCGUCCCAAUGAGAAAAGGGUAAAGCGGCAAUAAAAGCAACAUAACGUCAGAAAAAAAAGCAUCCAAGAUGAUCAUUUAUCGCAAGCAGACUAAACUGCUAGAAGUAACAGGAGUAAAAAUUAUUAAACUUAUCUAUUAGGAAGUGAGAGACUACGUCUAUAGCCUGGUAAACACAUUACCUGCUUAACGGCAGAAACAUCAAUAAGCUUAAUAAACCCAUACAAAAUACACAAAACCCAUACACACAAACACUCACUAUUAAUACUAGCAAGCAUACUUAACAGGAAGCAGUAGACACAUUGAUAAAAGAAAGUAUUUUUAAAUAGUACUCGGUAGAACGAUUUUACGAACGACAAACAAUAGCCUUAAGCUGCAGUAACCAUACCUAAGUCGAUCGUAAAGUUUUCUGUUUGCCCUCUUUUUAUAAUUUUAAAUUAUAAGCGCGAAAUCAUCAUCGAUCGACUCAAACAAGACAUGCGAAAUCAUCCUGCCGUUGAGCGUAUAUUUCAUCUUUUAAACUGCUUGUAAUUCCCACAUUGGAUUCGAUUAUAAACAGAAAGGUAAAGUUUGACUACAUAUUAUCUAUAACUUGUCUAUUGUACUGUAAAAAGUAUCAGUCAUGGAAAAAGAAACACAAAAUAGAAUAUAUAAUACGAACCACUUA